ACCAGGCCUGGACUGCCCAUCUCCUUCCUUCAAAACUGUGACUUUUUACGGACUCGGUUGGGUGUUCCACCGCCCCCCAGGUGCUAUGGGUAGGGGGGCCCCUGGAAGGAAUAAAACAAGAAACAAAAGCAAGCACUGCUCGAUGAUGUCUUCCCUCGCCCCUUCGCGCCUGGACUCUACCGAGGCACCCCAAAGCCCAGCCCGGGCCUGUGUCCGGGGCUUCUUAGUCCGUCGCCACUUCCAGAGCCUGCGAGCUGAGUAUGAGGCUGUUGUCCGAGAGAUUGACGGCGACCUGGGCACGCUGCAGUGGACCGAGGGCUGGCUUCCCACGCCCCGGUUUCCUCCACAGGUAGUAAACACCCCGAGAGAAGCGGGGAGGAGUCGGAGGGACCUGGGUAGGAGGUUAACGGUUAGAUUGAACCGUCCCUUCCGCUGACAUGUUUUCUCACUGGUAGUGGUAAUCCUCACCUCACACCCCAAUUCUUAAUCCCCACCCCGACUCCAAUGUGUCUGUGGAAGUAUGUUGCCCACUAAUGGGAAUCUGAUUUCUCAGAAGGCGAAAUCUCCCUGCAUCCGGCCAGCUGGAGAACGGAGAGCGAAUCCAGAGCCGGCGCAGCAGAACCGCUGGCUACGUAAGAAGCCUGAGGAAGAGGCCAUCCCUGAGAAGACAAGGCCAACAGUGUCAGGAGAGAGCUCAGCAUCUGCCCGAAGGGUGCCCUGCCCAGAUGCCAGGCCCUGGCCCCAGGGACAGAACAGGAAACCCUGCCGAGAGCAAAGUGCAGACGGGCCGUGGAUGAAGAAACCAGAGACUGCAGGUCCAGGACUGCCCUGCAGUCAGACCGAGCUACAGGAGCUCCGCAGCCACUUGGCCAUGGAAUUGCUGUGGCUUCAGCAGGCCAUCAAUAGCCGUAAAGAGUAUCUAAUCCUCAAACAAACACUGAGGUCUCCAGAGGCCUGUCAGACGAGAGACAAGCCCAGCGGGUAUCCAGACGAUGAGGGACAGGUCUAUGAGAGCCCCACACGGGAAGACCAGUCCUCCAGCAACAGGACCACUGGAGAGAGAGACCACGCAGAAGAUGCCUGCUGGGGGUUCAGACCCUGCAAAUCCCCAGAACGAUGGGCUACUAUAGACAGAAGUACUGUUGGGUCCAGGCCCAGGGACCCAGGCCAGAGGAAGACUGGGCCACUACUGUCUACAGUACCCAAGAACCUGGCUAGAGAGCCAGGCCAUGGGAGACAGAGCUUGGGAGGGCCCUGCCAGCAAUUGAGGAACUCCCUGGAGGAUCUGACCCCCAAAGGUCUCUGUUCUGAGGAAGCCAGGACGCAUCCACCUGCAGUCUCUGAGGACCCACACAUUAAGGACAAGUUUCCUAGAGCUCUGGACCACAAAGAGCCUGACUUCCAGAGAGCCAGGCCACAAGAACUGGGCCACUCAGAUGACUGUGUCUCCUGGGAUGGGCCCUUGGCAGGGCUGCCAGAACAUGGCGGCCUGGAUCUCUGGGGCACUAAACCACCCAAGGGCCAGACCCUUGGUGAUCAAAGUACUGGCGAUAGAGCCACCAAUAUGGCCAAUCAUGAAGGAUGGAAAAACCAGAGGGGAACACCCUGGAGAGCAAGCCCCCCUGAAAAACGGUCUCCUGCAGCUUAGACUAGACCAAGAGGAUGGUGGCGGCUGGGGGUGGGGAAGCUGUGGAAAUGGGACCUCCAGGCUACCCCCCAGAGAGUUGCAUGGGGGAUGCCAGGAAAGGGUUAUAAUGGAGGCAGGGCCUCAUCCUAGCUCCCUCAUGUCAGCCAAUGACCUAGGCCUGCCGUUGGUGGCUGGUGGGGUCGAGAAGCUGGAAUGGGACAGAAGCAGUAGUAUAGCUGGUAGGGUGUUUGCCUUACACACGACUGACCCAGGUUUGAUUCCUGGCAUCCUGUAUGGUAACCAGGAGUAAUUCCUGAGUGUAGAACCGGGAGUAACCCCUGAGUAUUGCCAGUGUGACCCCCCAAAAAAAGCGA